AUGGGCGGUCCUGCGACUGGAGGCCUGUAUAUAAAGGAGGUCCCAGAGCGGCAGAGCUGCAGAGGCAGAGGUGGCAGCCUCGUCACCAUCAGCAACAUCAGCAUCAGCAACAACAUCAUCAUCAUCAGCAGCAGCAGCAGCAGCAGCAGCAUUACCAGCCUCAGUUUCAUCAGCAUCACUGUGGAGGAAGAGCCAGGGCUUAUCCAGGACGACCCCAGGGACGGCGACAUGGAGGACCCCUGGCCUGAAGCCAUCAAAGCCCCAGUGAUGGAGGAGGAGGAAGAGGCCGCCAAGCUGCGGGAGCUGCACGAGGAGGCCUGGAAGCAGAGGACGCCGAGCCCGGGGUCUGCGCAGGAGAAGACGCAGGCCGACGCCCGCUCCGUGCACGUCGGCAACGUGGACUACGGCGCCACGGCACAGGCGCUGGAAGCCCACUUCCACGCGUGCGGCUCCGUCCUCCGCGUCUCCAUCCUCUGCGACAGGGUCACUGGCCAUCCCAGAGGGUUCGCCUACAUCGAGUUCUCAGAAGAGGAGUCGGCGCGCGCAGCUUUGGCCCUGGACGGGUCCCUGUUCCGAGGAAGACAAAUCAAGGUGGUUCCCAAUCGAGCUAACAGGCGGGGCAUGAGCAAAGCAGACAGCGGUUUCCCCCGUGCCCACUUCAGUGCCCGCCACACCCAUUACAGCCCUUCCCCAUCUCCGUUCUACAGUGCUGUGAACUGCAGGCCUGGAGGUCAAAUGUACAGGGGCCGGGCCAGUGGGAGAUCAUGGUGGUAUUCCCCUUACUGGAAGUAA